AUCAGCAUAUAUAUUCUCUGUGAGAGGAACAAGAAAAUUUUUCGCAGGAGAAUUUCAAAGUAAUUUAUAGUUAUUUUUGCUGAAAACAACAUCAAAACCUUUUAAACAUGUUCGAUAGACGUAACGGUGAUCGUGCUGGACCUGGAGUUGGUGGAAUGGGCGCUAUGGGCGGCAGCGGUGGUGUGUAUCGUGAUCAGCAGCGUGGUGGUCCGAUGCGCGGCAAUGGGCUUGCACGUCCACGUCCUGCACCUUAUGCUCGCGGUGGGGUUGGUGGUAAUGGUGCUCCAUUUCGCGGCGGACCUCCACGUGCUGGCAAUAAUGAUCGUCGAAUGGAUGGCGGCAAUAAUACUGGCACACCCGGAGAUCGUUUGCCCACUAUAAUUUGGUCUGAAAUAAAAUUGACGCCAUUCCAAAAGAAUUUUUAUCAACCAAGUACAACUGUUGUGGAACGCUCGAAGAAUGACGUGGAUGGGUUUCUUACUUCUAAUGAAGUAACAUUGAAAGGUGACGGUAUACCAUCGCCCAAUAUUGAGUUUAGUGAACCUGGUUUCCCAGAACACGUUUUAGCUGAGAUCAAGAAAAUGGGAUUUGCUAAGCCCACUGCUAUACAAGCUCAAGGCUGGCCAAUCGCUCUGAGCGGACGAGAUAUGGUCGGCGUAGCACAAACUGGAUCGGGUAAGACUCUUGCUUAUGUACUACCGGCUGUAGUACAUAUCAGCCAUCAGGCUCGUUUGGAGCGUGGCGAUGGACCUAUUGCUCUGAUUUUGGCGCCGACUCGUGAAUUAGCUCAACAAAUACAGCAAGUCGCUAACGACUUUGGUUCUAAGACCCAUGUACGUAAUACGUGCAUCUUUGGCGGAGCACCAAAACAACCCCAAGCUCGUGACUUGGAACGUGGCGUUGAAAUAGUGAUUGCUACGCCAGGACGUUUGCUCGACUUCUUAGAGAGGGGUGUUACUAAUCUGCGACGUUGCACUUACCUUGUACUAGAUGAGGCUGAUCGUAUGCUUGAUAUGGGAUUUGAACCACAAAUACGACGAAUAAUUAAGCAGAUCCGCCCAGAUCGACAAGUUUUGAUGUGGUCGGCCACUUGGCCAAAAGAAGUGCGCAAUCUGGCCGAAGAGUUUCUUGAUAAUUAUAUACAAAUUAAUAUUGGUUCAUUAACCCUUUCAGCCAAUCACAAUAUACUUCAAAUAGUAGAUGUGUGUGAAGAAAAUGAGAAAGACAAUAAGCUUAUUAAGCUUUUAUCUGAGAUUUCGGCCGAAUCAGAAACUAAGACCAUAAUAUUUGUUGAGACCAAAAAACGCGUGGAUGAAAUAACUCGUGUUAUUGGACGUAACGGUUGGCGCGUAUGUGCCAUUCAUGGCGACAAAUCGCAACAAGAGCGUGAUUUUGUUUUGUCGUCUUUCCGUAAUGGACGCCACUCAAUUUUGGUGGCGACAGAUGUGGCUGCCCGCGGCCUAGAUGUUGAUGAUGUGAAAUUCGUAAUUAAUUACGAUUAUCCUUCGAAUUCGGAGGAUUAUGUACAUCGUAUUGGGCGCACAGGACGCUCGAACAAUACGGGAACGGCAUACACCUUAUUCACCACUUCAAAUGCCAACAAAGCUAAUGACUUGAUACAAGUGCUGCGCGAAGCAAAUCAGGUCAUCAAUCCGCGACUAGUUGAAAUGGCUUCAUCGUCAGGCUACAACCAUAAACGUAACUCACGUGGUGGCUAUCAAAAUCGCGGUGGCAAUCAUAUGGCUGGUGGCACCGGUUAUGGUAAUCGCGGCAAUCGUGGUUAUGGUAACAAUAAUAUGGGAGGAAUGGGCGGCGGACAGUCGUAUCAACAGCGCCCACAACAAGCGCCGAAUGGUGGCAAUCAAAUGUAUCAACGUCCGAAUGGACCGCCAUCUCGUUUCUCAGCUGCACCACCUCAGGGCGCAUAUGAUCGUAAUCAGCAAGCCGGUGGACAUAAACCCUAUACAAAUGCCGGAGCUGAUGGCGUUGACAAACGUCCACGAUUUAACCCACAGCAACAACCGCCACAGCAAGCUUCGGCCUAUCAGCAACAACCCCGCAUACCUUAUGGGGCCAAUGCAAACAGUCACCCGAGUCAUAAUGCCCACCAUCAACCACCUCCAAACCAUCGUGGCCCACCACAAGUAAGUGGAGCUGCGGGUGCCUCUUCAGCUAUGUAUACUCAUGCACCUCCUUCGCAUCAUCAUUCGACCGUAGGCGCUCACUAUGCCGUUCCCUCCGGAUUUGGUGCCGCAUCGGGCAACAUGUUUGCCUAUCCUCCACCCCCAUUACCCGUGCAGAAUUAAGAGAACAUUAAUAUAAUAUUAAUAUCAUCAGUAGUUUAAAACAUAUUGAAAUAACUUUUGCAUUUGGCAUUUGUUUAGAUUAAAUUUUUUUGUUCAUUUAGAGUGUAGCGUAGUAAUGUCCAUCGUGUCGUAUUACUACGAGUAUUCUGUAGCCUGGUCGAAGCUUGGAUGUAAAGGCCAAGGCAAUGCUGCAAUUCAUUAUUUCAUUUAAACGCACCGAACACCAUACUGUUCUCUUUGUUUGAUACUUUUGUUGCUUUAUUAAUCCUCCAUGUACUUUUAAGCAUUGAAAUUUCUCUUAUUUCUUUCUAUUUAAUUGUAUUGCUAAUGCAGCAAAUACAAUAUUUCAGUUCUCGCGGGUGGCAUUAGUCAUAGUUACUAAAAACUAUCCUCCCUUGAAAAGAAUAAUUUUAUUUAAUUAUGUUUCUUGUGUUUCCCUAAGAAAUUUUUUUGAUAUAAUCUUAUCUGAUUUGCGUUCCUGUGGAAAUUAUACAAAUUAAAAUAAGUAAUUUGUUCACUCACCACUUCUAUAUAUUCACUAAAUUCCAUCAUUAGUUCUUACAUUCAUCACUACUUGGAAAUAAAUAUUAGCAAUUACAAUAAUAGAACAUAACUGAAGUGAAUUGUAUUUCUUGAAUUUUAAAUGGACUUAUACAUACUUACAAAUAUAAAAGUGAAAUAAAGAAAUUGCAUUCAUGCUUUUAAAUAUACUGCAACCAAAUGGGGUAUAUUUUAAAGCCCUAAA